UCACUGAUGUGCUCUAAUGAGGCUGCAGUGAUGGGCACUGAUGGACACUGAUAGGUGGCACUGAUGGGCAUUGACAGGCAUCACUGAUGGGCACUGAAAGGCAGCACUGAUACAUGACACUGAUAGGCAGCACUGACUGGCACUGAUGGGUGACACUGAAAGGCAGCUCAGAUGAGCACUGAUAUGUGGCAUUGAUGUGCACUGGUAGGCACUGAUGUGGCACUGGCACAAGGCAUUGAUGGACACUGACAGGUGGCUCUGCUGGGGCUAUACUGAUCAUCAGGGCAUGAUGAUCACUGUCACGCUGAGGAGAGCCAGUAAUCGGCAUUCCUCAGAGGGGACAUGUACACUCAUCAUCAGGGGACUGAUGAUCAGUGUGCCUUGAUGAUCAGUGUA